AUGCACCCAUGUACAUUUGAUGGCUGCACCAAGUCGUUCACUCGAGCAUUCAACCUGAGGUCGCAUCUGAACACCCACAAUGGCGAGCGACCACACAAGUGCCCCGAGUCCGGAUGUGAUUGGGAUUUUGUCCGGCGACACGAUCUGGAUCGCCAUGUCAAGUCGAAGCAUAUGGCUAACAAGCCAUACGCGUGCAGCCAGUGCACCUCGCGAUUUGGAAGGAGCGAUGCACUUCAACGCCAUCGUCGUUUAGAGAACCAUAUGUAA